AUGAACACAGACUGCGCCAACAAGCCCUAUGUCGCUCCCAAGCCAACACUUGUUUGUCCAGCCCGUAUGUCGCUAAUGUCAGUGGCCAGAGGUCCCAAACCUUCUGUUGCCCCCAAACCUAUAUUGAAGCUCCAUUUGAGGGAACCCCUCCUAUCUGGAAUUCAAGAGGGAUGCAUUAACGGGGUUCACAAUGGAGAGCUGGGUCCAAACAAAGAGGCUUGCGACCAAGAUGGAGUGUCGUCGCAAACGCCAAACACAAGUGAGAAGCACCAGGUCCAUGAAGAAGAGAUGGUUCCAAAGAUGGAUGAGGACUGGAGACUAACGGACAGCGCCCUCACAGACGAUGUGGAUUCUCUAGACACAUUGUGGGCCAGUGAUGACCGGCUCACCACUGACUCGGAGGACGCGGUGGAGAUGAUCGACACCACAGACGUGACAGAGGAAAUGGAUGAGGAUGCUGGUGAGGCACUUGCAGACACAGAUGGCCUCUCAAUGGGAGACAUUUCAGUUAACAGCAGGGACGAGGAAAAAGAGGACAGGACAGAAAAUAUGUCAUCCAGGCGAGAACAACUGGACGACACAUUCGAGUUUUUCACAGAUGAUCUUCUCAGUGGACCCAGCCAGCAUGCAUCCACUCCGAAUGGUGAAAACUACUGUAAAACCCUUAAUGGUGAUCACACAAUAGGUAAAAACCUGCAGCUUGGUUUAAUUGAGGAAGACCACCCCAUGCAAUUUAGUAACCAGAAGCGGAAUUGCCACGAAGCUAAGAGACACAUCACCCUAGAAGAAUCGCAAAGUCAUGAACCAUAUUAUGUCUCUCCAGAGGACAUUAUCAAGACAGAAAUAAUCCCAAAUCAUAACAAAGUUUUUGGUGCACCAGGCAGUCCACUUUCACCACAGAGGCAAGAUACUGUCUACCAAAAAAGUCAAGGCCAAAAAGGCCCUGUAGGAUACCAGAGAAGUAGGUCUGUGACAAGCGAAGAGCACAAACUAGAUGCCUUGUUGAAUCGUUUGUAUCGUCAACCCAAAUUCCGUCUGCUCUGCAACUCUGAUAGCUCAUUGACCUCCUCUUUUGUGGGAAACCAAUUGAUUGUACCAAGAAAACUGGACUUCUUCAGGCAUGCUUUGCGUGAUGAAGUUACUGACACAGAUGCCAGUAAUGACCACCUAUACGAGGAUCCAGGAGAUGAUAGCUCAGAGGGAGAAAAUGUGUUUCCUUUGGGCCGGAGCCCAUCAGGAAUGCGUUCUCGCUCCCUCUCGCAUCGCAUAAACAGUGAGGCAGGAGAGCGCCUAGUACAUGCACCAAGCCUUGGUCAGAAAGGACCCGUGUUGAGCAGCAGUCCCAUGUUGAAGGGAUACCCGAAACCUCACUAUCUACCCCUUUACCCACCGUCCUCUGCGUCCACGCCUGUGUGUGCCCACAGAGAAACUGAAGGCUCUCCUUGUGGAAGGUUUUCUAGAUGCUCACCUCUGUCAUCCAGUGGUCUGUCAACACCCACAUCUGUUGUGGACAUCCCUCCCCCUUUUGAGCUGGCUUACAUCACUAAAAAACCCAUUGCCAAGAGUUCACCUUCACUUCUUAUUGAUGUGGACCCCUCAGAGAAAAACCAAAAGAAGAAAUCCUCUAUUAAACGAUUCCUGAUGCUAAAAUUUAAACGGAAAGUGGAGACCAAGCCCUCUAACCUUUCUUCGUCUGAGUCCUCAACAGAGUCCAGCCACAUGACACCCAACAGACUACUUGAUCCAGAUAAACACAGCGUUACUAAUUCUCCACGACAACUCCAUCGUUCUACUUGCCAGCCUCAAGCAUCACCUGAGACACCGCCCGCCCUCUUGUUCUACCCGACAUCCACAAGGACACAAAGCUCAGUGGCCUUCCUCAAUCGUAGUGUGGUGCGGGUGGAAUCCUUCGAAGAGCGUUCUCGUGUGCCUUUCUCACCGCUGCCCCUCACCAAGCCUCGCUCCAUCUCCUUCCCCAAUGCAGAUUCCUCCGACUAUGAAAAUGUUCCGCCUGUUAACUCGGACUACGAGAAUGUUCAGGUGCCGCAGUGGAGGCCCUCGCGACCGCUUCCUUUGGGUGACUUCUUUGAGCGUCCCACGCGAGUACUGUCAUCUGCAAAUGAGACGGAUGGUUAUGUGGACAUGAGUAGCCUCCCUGGCUUUGAAAUCAAGGUGAAAUCAUCUGUACAGGAACCAGAGAGCGCUUAUACAGAAGCCUACAGAGUGUGUCCACUAGCUGCUGGACCACAAAGCAGCCCGGAUAAUGCUGUCAAUGGACCCCUGGCAGCUGACGAUGAUGCUGGACGCACCUCAGACGAGGAAGACGCAGGUGGCGAAAGCAACUAUGACCGACAGGUUGAUGGUCGAUCCCGAGCUUUUUACAUCGCAAUGGAUCUACUGGAUACUGAAAGAGCACACGUGAAAGCACUCAAGCUUCUUCAGGAAAAUUUUUGUGAUGCAGUAAGGACGGCAGUGGGGGAUGAUGGAGAGCCUGUUAUAGAUGAAAAAAUACUUUGCGAGAUCCUAAAUGAGCUGCCCGAUGUUUACCUCUUACACUGCACAAUCCUCACUGAACUGGAGAAUCGAACACGGCGAUGGGAGGAGAGCCAGAGGAUUGCAGACAUUUUCCUCUCCAGAAAGGCAGAGUUCUUGCUCUUUACCAACUACAUAGGACACUAUGACCGAAAUAUGAACCUGUUGGACGAGAGCAGUCGAACCUCACCUGCCUUCGCAGCCGUUGUCUGCCAGUUUGAGCAGCAGAGCCCAUCUGGCCAAAUAGUUUCCCUCAAGCAACAACUCCUGCAGGUGAUCGUGCGGGUGGCUCAGUAUCGCAUGAUCCUUACAGAUUACUUGAACAACCUCUCCCCCGAUUCACAAGAAUAUGAGGACACCCAAGCCGCUGUCGUGAUUGUUGCGGACAUUGCGGACCAGGCAAAUGACAGUUUACAACACGGGGAGAAUUUACUUCGUUUGGUCAACAUUGAGUACAGUGUUCAUGGUCAGCGAGACCUUCUGCAUCCUGGUCGGGUGUUUGUUAAGGAGGGCACACUGAUGAAGGUUAGCAGGAGAAGCCGACAGCCUCGGCACCUGUUUUUGAUGAACGAUAUUUUACUUUACACAUACCCGCAACAGGAUGGCAAAUACAGACUGAAGAACACUCUGUCUCUCACUGGGUUGAAGGUCACUAAACCCAUUAUAGAAAAUGUCCAACAUGCACUAAAGGUGGAAGGAACUGACAUCUCCAUCACCUUGUCUGCAAGCUCUUUCAUUGAAAGAGAGGACUGGUUUUAUACUUUGAGUCAUGCUGUGAGCGAACACAACCGAGGGUCAGUGCCGGUCAGUAACUGCUUCGGAGAGGCCAGAGAUCAUCAACGUGUCACCUUAGGAGAAAAGCCCCCGACACUGGUUCCAGUGUCUCAAGUGAUGAUGUGUAUGAACUGCACGUCAGAUUUUAGCUUGACACUCCGUAGACAUCACUGCCACAGCUGUGGAAGGAUUGUUUGCAGGAGCUGCUCCAAGAAUAGAUUUCCACUCAAGUACAUGAAGGAGCGUAUGUCCAAAGUGUGUGACCACUGCUUCAACGAGCUCAAGAAGAGAGGAGACGACACGUGCGUCCUUCCGGCGAAGAGCAGCCCUCGUGUGAGCCGCUCCACUCGUCCUCUCUCCUCUGUGUUCCAAAGCAUCCACCCUCCAAAUAUUUGGAGGCAUCGCAAAGGCAUGCUCACCUUUAACCAGGUGACUGUGUCUGAUGAAGGCUCCAUUAGUGGCAGUCUACAUCGCAGCAAGAAAAGCAAGAGGAACUGGAAGAGACUGUGGUUCCUCCUAAAAGACAAGGUGCUUUACACCUACAGAGGCCAAGAGGAGAAGGUGGCCUCAGAGAGUUUGCCUUUGUUGGGGUUCACGGUGAAGCUGCCAGACAACCACCAAGGAGACGACGCCUCCAACAUGUUCCAACUUUAUCACAAAAACACUUUAUACUACACGUUUAAAGCAGAGGACAACUUCACAGCGCAGAGGUGGGUGAACGCAAUGGAGGAAGCCACCGUUUUAUAG